GAUCAUGGCAGCAUCGCAUCCGCACCUCCAGGGUGCCAGUGAUUUGCAACGGAUGGCUGUGCCGCCUAUGGAAGGGAAUGAUGAGGACGAUGACGAAAGCUUUCCAAUGUUUCCGUUCCCUGACAAGGCCUGCAUUCCCGAUACUGCAUGGAAUGCAGGGCCUCGACGGGAGAGUGCGUUCAUCUCUGCUGUCUAUCAUAUUUCCAGGGCUGCAAGAGAGUUCAAGCUGGCAAUGUGGGCCGUUCGAACAGAUAGCGGCAAAAAACUUCGCACCUCUAUUCCUUUGGGGCCAGGCGAUAGCCGUUUUCGAGGACUAGAUCCAACCACUGCGGAUCAACUGGAGCGUUUUUCGCUAAGCCCGGAUGAGGAUAGUAUUUUUGCGCUCUGUCGAACGCGCUAUCCACCUGACGGCCGAGCACUACAGAGAAACAUCACAGGGCUGGUUUGCAAAGUGCCAACCAGAGACAAAUCAGAUAAUAAUGGCGAGGUCAUUAUUGCUCAGCGCUACCUUCAAACCUGGGCUUUCUUGACGCGCCUUGCUGCAAAUUUGCGCCCGUGUUUAGCGUCUCUUCGCGCUCAAUACGCUGGUCAAGAAGGUCAUGUCCUCGGACCGCCACCUACGCCUGGACCUGAGGGGCAGUCAGAUAAUGAAGCAUCUGAGCUUCUGUACUAUGCCGAGAUGAUGAUCACCACUACAUAUGCGCAUUUGCGGCAAAGGCGCCAUCUUCCUUCGGUGUCCUCGAUUAUGCCACGAAAAGGCGCCACACAAAACCGCGUGCUGACCAUGAUCUACCGAACUCUUGCGGCACUGCUUGAUUGGUUUGACGAAGAUAAUCCAGUUAUUUGUGAACCAGAGGAGAAUGGCACAUCGGGCCAUCGGCCGGCUCUCAUUUGGACAAAGCUCGCCGACGAUAUCAAGUCAUGGGAACAAAUGCGACGCAUGCGAACAGCCGUUGACUUCGGCGUGACUGUUCGUGAGCUAAAGGCGUACCGGGCCUGCGUCGCUCAAGGACUGGUUGCGGCAAAGCCUAUCUCUGCUUCAGCCCUCGCCUUCUUCGAGCGAGAGGAUCUCUCCGAUGAAGAAGACGAGGUCACUGUCCCCAUGAAUGCCUCUCCUUUACAACCUGGUGCUCGAGAGCGCCGUCGUUCUCGUGCGAAGCGACGCUCGAGUAUGUCAUCGAGGGCAAAAAGCUGCUUUCUAUAUUCGCCGCGCCUAUUUUCUUAUGAUGAUUGUUCCUCAGGUUUUUUUGAGGACUCUGAAGACCAAGAUGAUGAUGAUUCCUUUCGGAAAGCUAUCUUGGCAUCGAUUGAGAGUGUGCGCCGAGUGGAGGAAGCAGAUCGUCGCAAGGCAGAUGAAGAGCGCCGUCGAGAAGCUGCUAUGACGCUUCGAGAACAGGAUCUUCGUCGCCAAGCCGAGGAUCUAAAGCGUCAGGCGGAGGCCCAAAAACGCAGUGCCGAGUUGCGUGAGUUAUUUGAUGCUAUGAAAAAGAUGCAACAGACCACGCAAAAGGCCUUUCAGCAGACCAUGCAACAGACCGUGCAACAGACGAUGCAACAGACCAUGCAACAGGCCUUUCAGCAGGCCAUGCAGCAGCAGCAGAUCAUGCAGCAGACCUUUCAGCAGACCAUGCAGCAGACCAUGCAGCAGUUGCAAAUGACCAUACAGCAGGCUGUGCUUCUCAGGAACAAAUGAGUAGUAUCGAUGCGAGAGCGUACAGAUGUACACAAAGAUAUCAUCCAAAAAGAAGUGAGUUGCAGGACAUGCCGUGUCGAUCAAAGAAUUGAUUGAAUUUCAUCUC